UUCUCCUCUCACCUCCCCGGUGGGGUGAGGGGGGAUAGGAGGAUGUUGUUAAUUCAAAACUUCUCUAUUUAAAUACAUCUCAAACUCCUUUCAUUUCCACUAAACUCAAUUUCCCAAGUCUUGAAUAUCCUUCUUUUUUCUUUCCCUUCUCUUCCAAAAAAUUGCUAAAUUUUCUUUCCCUAAAAAAAUGGCCAUUAGGAAAUCAAACAAGUUGUCACAAACAGCAAUGUUGAAGCAAAUCUUGAAAAGGUGUUCAAGUUUGGGAAAGAAAAAUGGCUCAUAUCACGACGAGCAAUUAGGGCUUCCAUUAGACGUACCAAAAGGGCAUUUUGUAGUUUACGUUGGAGAAAAUAGAACAAGAUAUAUUGUUCCAAUUUCCAUUUUGUCAAGACCUGAAUUUCGUAGCCUUCUUCAACGUGCAGAAGAAGAAUUUGGUUUUGAUCACGAUAUGGGUCUCACAAUUCCUUGUGAUGAAGAUGUUUUCGAAUCUCUAACUUCGUCAAUGCUAAGGUAAAAAGGAAAGAAAAACCGGGGCGCAGGCAGAGUAACAGAUGCGGGUUCGACCGAACCUAGAACCUAAUAACUUUUAUUCAAAUCAUGUAUUUGUCUUUGAAAUUUAUUGGAUAUUUAAAACUUAUUAAUUUAGAAAUCACUGAUUUAAUUACAUUUUCGAACCCAUAAGGUUCAAAUCUUGGAUCCCGUUCUUAAAAAAACAGAGCAAGUCGAGCAAGUAGGUUGCGAAUAUAAGUCUAGGCGGAGCUAGCUAGGUUGUCUGAAGUAAAAAUUUUAUACAGGAGUUCAGGAAUCUGCUUUAUUACUACUGUCUUUUUUUUUUUUUUUUUUUUUUUUUUUUUUUUUUUUUUGGGUUUUGGGUUUUGGGAUCAUAACCUGGUGACGUGUAAGGUUUCUGUGUUUGUAAAUCUCAGAAGUCUAUAAUUGUAAUUUUCUCGCAGUGGCGUUGUGUAAUAUUUGUGCCCUGUGAGAGAGUUAACUAAUUAUUUAUAAAAUUGUAAUAUUUGGUGCUAUUUUAUUGUGUUUAUUAGAUUUA